UGUUUUACCAAUAAUAUAUGUUUCUUGGCAUCUUAAAGUCAUACAUUAUAGGGGGCUUGCUUGGGGCACCAACUAAGAGUUUAAUGCUUUAGUCUUAAAAACAGUUUGAGUGUGUAGUGAAAGAUCAAUGGCUACUGCGCUUAUCGAUGAUGCAGAGGAAGGCACCGAAUUUCCUAAGAUCCCGGUCAAUCGAGUGUACGAUUGGUGUAUAGAUAACAAGUUCUUGGAGGAUCAAACUGGUUAUUAUUGUUGGUCAAGAUUUAAAGAAUUAUGUGGGAUAUUUCCUAGUUAUGUUGUAAAAGAUUUUGAACAAUCUAUCACAUUGAAAGCCAAUAGCCAAAAUAUAUGCAUAAAACUACUAAAAGGUUUUAUCAAGCAGCAAAAAAGGAGUUUACACUUGGGUUUGGUUCAAAUAGCUAUUAGGCCAUUGCAGAAAAAGGGCUUCUUAAAAGCUCCUAUAAAAGUAUGUCUUAGAGAUGCUAGAUUUUCAAACUUCCAGGAUUCCUUGUUAGCACUUGUAGAUACAGAUCUAUCUCAAGGUUCUUUUUAUUUUAACUGCUAUCCGGAUAUACGCUUUUAUUUGAGCGACGCCGAGUUAUCUCUGGAUGCCCUUAGUUUACAUGUGUUGAUGGGUGAUAUAGAUUUAGUAUUGUCAUACAGGGUAGUAUGUGAGGUGAUGGAACAUCCACGGUACAGAUUUUCGAGCCGAACUUCAGGAGAAACAGAUUAUUUUCAACCGAUUACUGGGACUCCAAACACGACUAUAUGGAAUCAGGUGCAUAUUCCAGAUUAUUGGGUUUUUUCCAUCGUACCGCCGGGGUUAAGCUCGCAGAGUUAUCGGAAUUGAGUCGAGACGCUUCGAGGAGGCCGUGUGAUGACUCAUGAGGUUUCCAUCAACUAGAGAAGCAGAUCAGAAAGUUUAUAUUCAGUUUCUGACUUUCAGUACUGUUUUGAGUAGCCAAGCAUGUUGCAUUAGUCUCUUUUCAGAUGUAUAAUAACAACAUUAUGCUAAUGGAAUAAUAAUAGUGAUUUUAUCACACAUACAUGACAUGUUAGCUACA